CGCUUUCAUUUACUGUGGAUACUUACCGCCUUCCCAUUGCCAUCGGUACAACUGGUUUGACUCCUUUGCAUUUGGUACUUAUCUCCUUCUUCCAUCCUCCAUCCCCCAAUACACCUGAUGCCGCAGUCCAACUCUCAUUAUGAUGGUCCCUCACAAGGAUAGAAAGAUAGAUAAAUACGCGGCUCCGUCCGAGAACGAGGUCCCACAAGGGAACCAACUAUCUCGACUGCAGCGAAAUAUCAUCAUCGACAUGUCCUUUGACUCCUUUCUGGCAGAUGACUUCGAUUGAUAUCAGAACUUAAGGAGAAGAAACAGAUAUCACUGCGAACGUUUUGCGAUCACCAUGCGGAACAAUCACUCUCGAGUCAAAUAUGUAAGGGCGGAUGAAUGGCGGUGUCCAGAAAUCGCUAUCUGUUAGAUCGGAUAUGCAUUUACAUAAAAGCUGGUCCGCAAAUGAUUUACCUUCGCGCCCCAAGUCUAGAGCUGGUUCUCUAGUAAGAGCAAGAAAACCUCAACCAAAAAAAUACUUCUUCGCCUACUACUCAUCGCUGAUACUCAUCAUGCAUAUCUCGCGGUCGUUCCUCUUGCUCCUAGCCUCCUUGUCACUGUCAAUUAGCUGCUAUGCUUCUCCGCUACCGGAAUCCUCCAAGCAAAGUCCGGAAACAAGAACGUGGGGUAGAAGAGACGAGCAUCACAGAGUUCAUCUCGGGUAUAGAUACGUAAACAGGAAAAGUGUCUUGAUUUAUGCGAGCGCAGGGAGGGAGCUCGCGAAGGCAGCAGGAAAGGUCGUACAGGCAAAACCUAAAGGAGACGAGGCAAAGUGGGUAAUAGAAGGAACUCUGACAGUUAUAAGGGCUAAAGGUACCUUGCUAGGGGAGGGUGCAUAUCUGACACCCAAUCUGGGUGGAUGGCAGGGAGACUUCGUGUGUGAGGUUUGGGCAGAUUUAGAAAAGUUCAAGGAAACACCGAAGUUUCUCGCCAAGGAGGAGAGUGAGUAUCUUCCAUUUGACGACAAGGCAUGGGACAGAAUGCUAUCAAAACAUGACAAGACGAUGAGCCAGAAUACAACAAUUAUUGCUGCGCGAAUUCCAGGGCAAUGUCGUUAUACUAUGCGAAUUCCUCCUCAUUACCUGAAGCCAUCUCCUCAGAGGAUGAUGGAUAUUCUGACUGGUCGAAAGAAGCCUAAGGUUGAUCUUGGUAUAAGUGUUCGCUGUGUUUCAGAAAAGAACAAACAAGCUCUGUCUAUCCAUGAUCCAGCUAACUGGGAGCAGUGGUGGCCCAAGCUGAAUCCUAAUAAUCCGGGAUGGAUGGAGUCGAUACAGGAUCUUUAAUGUAUAUGAUUUUUUAUCGUUGGUAAUGAUAGGUUAAAGUCCAUCUAUCGUCUUUUUGUACUUGGUUGGAAAGCUCUCUACUACAUAAAGGUCAAAAAAAUGACUCGUAAUCGAGGGAACCAAACGGUGAUAUUGAAAAUAAGAGUGUGUGUUGUCCAGCUAAGCCAAUUCCUCAAGAAGAAGUGACAGAAAGAUGCACGUACGUUCUCUAGAGGUUUCAUUUGAAGAUAUUACCUUUGUAAAAGGCGGAAGCGCAGGUCGGCAGUGCAAUGGCAAUGAUAUGACUGAGUUGGAACAGGCAAAUUUGAGUUUUUCGUUUGCGGUGACUCCUUGAUGUAGUCCAUGUAUAGCAUAUAAAACAAAACAAUCUCCACUUGCCAUGUCUAGAGUCUUCGGGGCUUGUCGUACAUUAUUGAAUCGAACUCCUUGACGCCAAUUUCACGGUUCAGUCUGGCGUUUGUGCGCCCAGCUAUGGGUUAU